UGUUUGGACAUAUUUUACCGACAUGUUCGACUUCCUGACCCUGUCUGCCGUGAUAGACGACCGAAUAUUUUGCGUGCACGGAGGUUCGUCGGUCGGAGAUUGCCUAUUACAGAUCCCUCAUCUGAUCGAUCCAUCGGCACAGGAUUAUCGCCCUCCAUCCAUUCGAUAGACCAGAUCAAAGUCAUGGACAGAUUUCGAGGUAUCGGGUGAUGCUCCCCAUGUUAUCUAUGCCCGACAAUGACAUGCUUCCAGAGGUUCCCCAUGACGGCCCGAUGGCAGAUCUCGUUUGGUCAUUCUCACCUCAUCUAUUUCUGUAUCGUGAGUCUCAUCUAAGCGCAGGUCGGAUCCCGAUGCAGAAAAAGAAGAUUUCGCGAUUUCACCUCGGUUCGGAACUGUCAUUUCUAUCGCACUGUCGCGCAUCUGUCUAACGCAUUUCUGGGCACUAGAGGCGCGGGAUAUACG